AUGAAAUUCUCUCUCACGACCAUCCUGCUUGCCAGCGGCCUCGCUGUUGCUGCUCCGGUAGCAGACCCAGAACCACUCUUCUCCCGCCAGGCAGCCCAAAGCAUCAACGAUGCUAUGGUGCGCAAGGGCAAGAAGUACUUUGGUACAGCAACUGACCCAGGACGUUUCAACUCGGGCAGCAACGGUGCAAUCAUAAAAGCGAACUUUGGCCAGGUCACACCAGAGAACAGUAUGAAAUGGGAUGCCACCGAGUCCUCGCGCAACAACUUCAACUUCGGCACCGCCGAUCAGACGGUCAACUUUGCCACCUCCAACAACAAGCUAAUCCGUGGCCACACCACUGUCUGGCACAGCCAGCUCCCGUCCUGGGUCAGCUCCAUCAAUGACAAAGCGACCCUGACCUCUGUGAUGCAGAACCACAUCACGACCCUCAUGGGGCGGUACAAGGGCAAAGUCUACGCCUGGGACGUUAUCAACGAGAUGUUCAACGAGGACGGUAGCUUCAGAUCCAGUGUGUUCUACAACGUGCUCGGUCAGGACUUUGUCCGCAUCGCUUUCGAAGCAGCCCGCAAGGCUGACCCAGCCGCGAAGUUGUACAUCAACGACUACAACCUCGACAGCGCCUCGUACGCUAAGACCCUAGCCAUGAUCCGCAACGUCAAGGCCUGGCGCAGCGCCGGUAUUCCCAUUGAUGGCAUCGGUUCGCAAGGCCAUUUGACCUCAGGCCAGGGCGCCAAUGCGCCGGCUGCCAUGGCGGCGCUGUGUGCUGCUGCGCCAGAGUGCGCUCUGACUGAGGUUGACAUCCAGAAUGCGCAGACGGCUGACUGGACCAAUGUCGUCAAGGCUUGCCUGAGCCAGUCCAACUGCGUUGGUAUCACGGUUUGGGGUGUCAGGGACUCAGACUCGUGGAGGCCAAGUGGUAACCCGUUGUUGUUCGAUGCUAACUACAAGCCCAAGGCGGCGUACGACACAGUGUUGGCGGCUCUGCAGUAA